AUGACACCGUCGAAGCUGCGCAUCAAGGACGAUCUCUUCAGUCGCCUGACACCCUUCCAAGCGGACCACCACCGGUGCGGGGCUUCAUUCUUUCACGAUCACGGUGACGAAGAGCGCUACGAUGGUGGUCCCGUGCCGGAGGUCCGACCCGACGUGCCGAAAGAGUACUCCUCCGACGGUGGGGACGAGCAAGAGCCGCGCGAAAUGGCCCCCGCGAAAUCGCCGUUCCUAUUUCCGGCCCACUUCUACAAGAACCUGUUUGCCGCGUCGGCGUCACUGCUGAAGAAGCAGCAACAUCCGGCGACGGUCUCGCCGCAAGGCGAUGCCGGUGGGGAUGGUGGAGAUGCCAGCGACGGGGGUGGCAGCGAGGUCGAGGAGAAGGCGGAAGAUCUCUCCAGUUCGAUGGUGUCGAAUAGUCAGCCAGCGGACGGGGCCGGUUCGGAGGUGGCGCACUUUUCGCGCCACGUACUGUUCGCUGGGUCUCCGUCACCGACCUACCACCACCACCACCAACAGCCGGUCGGCCCUGUGUCGGCCUUUGCCAAGGACCAGAAGCCCGCCCUCCCGGCGAUGGGCCGAAAACUCGACGUCAAACACAGUGAACAGUUGCUGGAGAAAACGUCGAACGCCUUCCCGUGGCUGUCGGAGACGACCAACAACAACGACUACACGAAAAGCAAUAACAACCACCACCACGGCACCGGGUCGCACCUUCACCAUCCGCACCAUCCGCACCACCACCACCACCAUCACCACCUUCCGCACCUGACGCACCCGCACGCCCAGGGCGGGGGCUCGGGAAGUCAGUCGAGCCUGACGGCGGCCGCCAGCAGCGUGGCCAUCGCCGCGGCCGCCGCCGCCAACUGUCGGCACGCGCACCCGGAGGACACCAAGUGUCGCUCGGUGAACUGCGGUGGUGCCCAGCCGCCUUCCCCGUCCAUCGCUCCCGGACUGGCCGGCCCGGAGGGAGCCACCCCCGAUUCCGGCAGCACAACGGCGGCCGCAACCGCGGCCAUCCCGAACUUCAACCAGAUGCCGGUGCCAGGCACGGUGCAAGGCCAGAACCCGACCCAGGGCCUCGUGCACUGGAUGAGCGCGGUGAUGGCCGAGCACAUGACCUCCAACCCGCACCACGACCCGACGGCGGCCGCCGUCGGAAUGCACUACAUGUGGAAUGGACCGGUCGAGCAAUGUGGACAACACACGAAGGACAUGGACUCGUACGGGGGGUGGCCGACUCCCAGAAACCACAUGUCCAUGAAGCAAGGAUACGAGGCCAAAAUGAAUCCCGUGGAUCAUCAUCAUCACCACCAUCACCAUCACCACAACAACCUGCAAAAGAGCCACAUGAUCGACGAUGGCCGGCUGCUCGAUCAUCACACGAUGCAGGCGGGUGCGGCUCAGAUGAGCCAACUGUAUGGUGCGCGAGGGUCGUCGAGCAGCAACUCGCCGGGAGGACACGGCCAUGGGCAUGGAGCGAGCAACCCUGCCGCUGCCCUGCUGGUCGUUCCGCAGCCCAUCAACGCCACCAAGAUCGGGGCCACCGCUGGUAUGCCGAACGGGACGGGCCGGAAGUAUCAGUGCAAAAUGUGCCCUCAGAUAUUCACGUCGAAAGCCGACUUGCAGCUCCACACCCAAAUCCAUAUGCGAGAAGCCAAACCCUACAAAUGUUCGCAGUGCAAUAAGGCGUUCGCCAACUCGAGCUAUCUGUCGCAGCACACGCGCAUCCAUCUGGGCAUCAAGCCGUACCGGUGCGAGAUUUGCCAGCGCAAGUUCACGCAGCUGUCGCACCUCCAGCAGCACAUCCGGACGCACACCGGCGACAAGCCGUACAAGUGCCGCCACUCGGGCUGUCUCAAGGCGUUCUCGCAGCUCUCCAACCUCCAGUCGCACUCGCGGUGCCAUCAGACCGACAAACCGUUCAAGUGCAACUCGUGCUACAAGUGCUUCUCCGACGAACCGUCGCUGCUGGAGCACAUCCCGAAGCACAAGGAGUCCAAGCACCUGAAGACACACAUCUGCCAGUACUGCGGCAAGUCGUACACGCAGGAAACCUACCUGUCCAAGCACAUGCAGAAGCACGCCGAGCGGACGGACAAGCGGCCACCGAUCGGGACGCGCAGCAGCAGCAGCAGCGGUAACGGGGCCAACAACGGGAGCACCGUAAACGUCAGCGCUACGACCCCCGGCAGCUCCUCGGGCGCCAGUAGCAGCAGCAGCAAUAGUAGUCACGCCUCCAACGGUCAGCAACCGUCGGCGGUGGCUGCGGCGGCGGCAGCAAUGGGUGCGGACAGCGCAUACUGGCCAAAGGUCAGUCCGGACUCGGCGGCUGCCACCAUCAACGAGGUCAUAAGCCAGCAGAACAAUCAUCACGACUUCAGCCUCACGCCCAACGGAAGCCAAACUAGCGGCAGUACCGCGAGUGCCGUUGCCGGGGGUGGCCAGAACCAGACCACCGACCACCAGCCGGGAUCGCACCAUACGCGGGACGAUGCCGUGGAAGAUCUGGUCGGUGGCGGUGCGGUGGGGGUACCAUCCGGGCGUGGUCCGAACGACACGGGCGCCCCGAACGCAUCCAACGGAAACUCUAAUCCCGGCAAUCAGCAGCAACAGCAGCAGCCACAAUCCGGUCCGCAGCACAAUGGCCCGCUAAACGGAGGCAACCUGGCGAUGCCACCAUCGUCCACCCCGAUGUCGGUCAGCUACGACACGAGCAGCAUAGCGAAGUCCGCGCCCAACUCGGCCUUUACGCCGAUCAACGCGAUGCCGCCGCAUCUCGGAGGUCUGCAGCACCACCACCACCAGCUGGCCGCAUCCCAACGGCCGUCGUACCUGUACGACGCUAUCAACUUCCAGAACCAGAAAGCGGUCGCCAUGAACCAGAGUCCGUCGAAUGCGUUCCCGAACCAGCUGAUCUCGCUGCACCAGAUUCGCAACUACGCGCACCAACCGGCGGGCGGUCUGAUGGCUGGGGAACACCUGCUCGGCGUCACCGUUGGCCCCGGCGGCAAGGAUAAGGGCUAG